AUGGACACAAAACUUACAUACAUUUCUAAGGGAACGGUGCAGCCCGCUUCCACUAGCCGCGAAACGCGACCCCUGACUGGAUUGGAUCCCCGGUUCUUGGAGAUGGUAUUAUUUUGCCGACACGGUUCUCGGGUGUCACGGAACGUGGAAACAGGCCGCGCGCAGGAGCUGGUGGUUGGCCUUUUCUGGCAUUCAUCUUGCCUGCCGGCCGGGAAACUGUUCUUCUCGACAUAA